CGAUUCGAGAGGCAUAGACGCAUGGGCUGUGGUCGUGGAUGUGUUGUUGCAUGCGAGCUAUAAGUGUCCGCUUUGAUUUGAUAACAAGUUAAUCGUCAUUUUCUGCGGAUGACUCGUAUUAUCAAUUAUCAGUUGUAGCUCACCAGGAAGCAUCAAUUGAUUCGGUUAAAGCUGUGAAAAGCUAUUGUAGUGAGUAGAGAAAAUCGAAAGAACAGCAGUUACUUUUCUGGGGUGGAAAGAAGAUAAAAUAAAGAAACCCAAGAAAGUUAUAAACAAGGAGCUUAGCUUGACAGAUUGAUAAAAAUGGCUGACAAUAAGGAACUUCCGCCUCUUUUCGACAACGAAGAGCUAAAAAAUGACAUGGAUUUCGACGAUGACGACGAUAGCGAUAUAUUUGCCUCUGCUAUUUCUACUUCUAUCCGAACCUCUUCUGCACAGGAUCACAAUAUACCUGAGACUUCUUCCCCAUUUAAUGGACAAUCUAGCACACCAGAAGAUUUGCCCAAAUUAUCAUUAAAAGAUACCACUAGAGAUACAUCAAUUUCUACUCUCUCAAGCCCAGUUGCACCAUCUGGACCUCUCAGCCCACCUUUAGAUCCAACUAACACUGAUAUUGAUGAUUUACAUGAUGUUCCAAUUAAUGAUGACCAUGAAGAUCAUUCUUUUAAUGUGGCUCAAUCUCAAUCAAUUGGAGAAGAACCAACUGAGUCAUCAGAUCAAUAUUUAAAAAUUACUGUGACUUCUCCUCAAAAAAUGGGUGAUGGAAUGGGAUCUUAUGUUGCAUAUAAAGUUGAAACAAAAACAAAUAUACAAUUAUACAGGAACAAAGUCUUUAGUGUAAAUAGACGUUUCAGUGACUUUCUUGGUUUGCAUGAUAAACUGACUGAAAAGUUUUUACGCAGUGGCAGAAUCAUUCCUCCUGCUCCUGAAAAAAGUGUCAUUGGUACUACUAAGAUUAAAAUGUCUGGAGAAAAAUCUCAAGAACAAAACUCAGGUUCAUCAGAAUUCCUGGAACGUCGUCGAGCCGCAUUAGAGAGAUUUUUGAAUAGACUAGCAAGUCAUCCCCUUUUUUGCAUAGAUCCAGAUGUUCGAGAGUUUCUUGAAGCAGAUAUGGAAUUACCAAAAGCUACAAAUACAUCUGCACUCAGUGGAGCUGGUGUUAUGCGUUUAUUCAAUAAAGUUGGAGAAACAGUAAAUAAAAUAACAUAUAAAAUGGAUGAAAAUGACUCUUGGUUUGAAGAAACAAUUACACACAUAGAUUGUUUAGAUAGCCAAUUACGAAGUUUAAAUGGGGCUGUUGAAUCUUUAACAAAUCAGAGAAAAGAAUUAGCAUCGUGCACAGGUGCAACUGCACGAUCAAUUGCAGUACUUGGACAUGGAGAACCCAGUGCUUCUCUUGGAAGAGCUCUAGCUCAGUUGGCAGAAACUUUGGAAAAAGUUGAGGUCGUUCGCAAAGCCCAAGCCAAUAGUGAUCUUUAUCAGUUUGGUGAAAUGAUUCGUGACUAUGUUGCGUUGAUUGGUGCAAUCAAGGAUGUGUUCCAUGAGAGAGUGAAAGUUUUCCAGAAUUGGCAACAUGCUCAAAUAAUGUUGAAUAAGAAGCGCGAACAGAAAGCACGAAUGGAGCAAACAGGACGUUCAGAUAAGACGAAUCAAGCUGCAACAGAAGUCAUAGAAUGGGAAGCUAAGGUAGAACGUGGCCAGGAAGAAUUUGAUAAAAUAUCUACAAUGAUAAGAAAGGAAGUUGAGCGUUUUGAAACUGUUCGAGUACACGAAUUCAAAAAGCAACUCAUUCAAUAUCUUGAAGCUAUGCUGCAACAUCAAAAUCAGCUCAUUAAACACUGGGAGAGUUUUCUGCCUGAAGCUAAGGCUGUUGCGUGAGUCAAGGAUCUUAUCGAAUCAAGCACUACGGUUUUAACGCGUGAUAGUGAAAUCGAGUUGUUUUGUUACGAUGAAAAAAUUGAUGAAGAUGUUAAUUAAAAAUUGUUAUUUAUUGCACCGCAUAAUUCGAAAAUGGUGUCGCCAAAAUUAAAAAAGCUUUCAAUUUCAUUUAUUUAAAUUAAGAAAAAUGUUUGACUAUGAAAAGUUGUAUUUUUACAAGUUUUUUGAAAUGCAGCAAUUGAAUGUGAUAGAUUAAUUUUUUUCCAUCAAUAAUUAUUUUUUUGAUACUUCAAGAACUUUUAUGAAAACUGUACUACUGUACAUUUCUACAUUUCUAAAUAAAUAUAUUUGCCGAGACAUUCCCUUUUAUGGCAUAAAAUAUUUUAACAGUAAUGAUAGUUUGUUACUAAAUAUCAUUGCAGUUGAUUUAAACGUAUUUUACAAUCGUGAACAAUGUUACAAAUAUCAUUAAUAAAUCAUAACUUUCAACAAUU